AAUAUUCAUAAGCUUUGCCUCUGCCCGCUGUGGACGUGUAGAGAAGCUGUUGCGCUCCAGUCCUUCCAGCGUUCCCACCGUUCCGCCUUAUUUUCGCGUACAGAAGAAGUGAAAGGUCGAUCGGUUUCUGAGUUUGGCCGUGUUUAAUAAACAUAGAGAAUUCUGCAGAGCAUUCAAGUCAAAAAUAACAUGUUUAUGAGGUGACGGUUGUUACAGACGAACUUUAUAUACUUUAUAUACUGCCAUCGACAGGUCGGUCUGUUUUGGUAGUAUCACACCAGGGUUGUCCUUCCAUUCCCGUUUUUUCCUCUCCACUAAACCGACUGAGCCAAAAUACGCUUCCCGCUUGUCCUUGGCCCUCCAGGAGCUGUUUUUUUCAGGUCUGUGAAGAUUAUCGAAGAUGUCGUCUAAGAUGCAAAGCUCUAAUAAUAUAGCCCAGGCCAGAAGGACUGUUCAACAGCUACGGGUAGAAGCUAACAUAGAGAGAAUAAAGGUGUCCAAAGCUUCUGCUGACCUCAUGAAUUACUGCAGCGAGCAUGCCAAGUAUGAUCCUCUUCUUAUGGGCAUCCCAGCUUCAGAAAACCCUUUUAAAGAUAGAAAGCCCUGCACCAUAUUGUAAUUGGAUGCUUGAACACUUGAUGUAUGUUUUGAUGUUCCCUUUUCUUUCUUUUUUUUCUUCAAACAUUCAUUCGUUAUUAAAAUGAGCUAAACCCCAAGCUAUUAUUUGACUGUAUCCACACUAGAAAUGUUCCUAUUGUCUAUGAGAAGGAGAGUCAAAGCUCCUAGUAAACAAAUCAUUUGUGGUGCAAAGAAAAAACCAACCCAUGAAUGAAUUUUUCGCUUUAGGGCACAGCACAGAUGAGUUAAUGGCUUUGUGAUAGUGUCUACUGAUGUGGUUGUGUCUUCUGCAAAUAAAGGUGAGGUCAGAGUGGGCAGCUCUAUUUUUAAUGAUUGCACUGUAAUAUAUAUCUGCAGAUAAUCAGAGCCUCAUCAGUGGUGCUUUGACCCCAUCUGAUGCUUUUUAAGGCGUCCAGUCACAGGGAGCUGUGGGGGGAUUGAUGUGAGGGCUAUAAUGCCAGCUUCACGAAUGUGUGAAGAGUGCUUGUGCUCAGUGGAGGAGGAAACAGGUGUCUUUGGAGGCGUCACAUUGACGUAAUACUACUCUGGCCCUCCCUCAUUAACUCACUGUGUCUGAACAAUGGAGCGAUACAAAACUAGCUCCUCCUGUCAAAUCACUACAUGCAAGACUGUGCCCUUUCCCUUUUCUCACAGUAAACCAAGUGAAAUGGGUUUCAAAAGUUCAACAACUGCCAAAACCUGCAGAUCAGCAUUUUAUGAGUAAUACAAGGUCAUAUGUUCAUGCAUUUGUACGGAAGUAUUGUUUAUCUCCCACUUUUUUGUUUUUCUUUGAAUUAGUCAAGACGGUAUUUGGGAAACACUUUAAAAUAAGAUUCAAUUCGUUCCAAUUAGUGUAUUAGGAAUCAUGACCUAGCAAUGAUAAGCACAUUUUAACAGCAUUUAUCACUCUAAAUUAAUGUUAAUUUAUAAAUAUACUGUACUUGUUCGUUGUUAAUUAAUAAUAUAUCAGCUAAUGUUAACUAAAACCACUUGAAAUGUUAAAAAUGUAUUAAUAUGCACUACCAUUCAAAAGACUGGGAUCAGUAAAAUUUAAUUAUUUGUUGUUUUUUGGUUUUUGUUUUUUUGAGCAGAUAAUAAUUGCUUCUUGAACGGUAGUGUAUGUAGAAAUGAACAUUGACCUAUUAACUAAUCGAUGUAGGUUGUACUGUAAGUCAGCACAAUCAAUUCAUAGUUAGUUCAUGAUACUUUUUAAAAGUAAAAUUUUAUCUUAUUGCAAAGUGUUACCGAAAUGUGUUUGUUUUUCCCAUUUCUUCAUUCUUUAAAUGCCUACUUUCAGUAAAUGGGAUGAGAUUUCACCUACUCUGAACAUCUGAAUUUGCAUUAAAAAUACUUUAUCUUGUGUUAUUGCCCUGUGUUUGUUACAGUAGCAAUACUUUAUUGCAGAUCAUGGUACGUCAUAAAGUAUAACCCUUUAAUGAUUAUUUACGAGAUGCCUUAUGUUAAUGUACACGUCUACUGAUUGUUUUGAUUCAUAAUCAUUGUCUCUUUUUAUGACAAAAUGUCAAUGUUAUUGUGCCAUCUCAUUCUGGGAUCUAACCAGCAGUAGAAACUUACGUAGGGUUUCAUAUGAUUUUGAGCCUGAGCACAUGAUGAUUUCUCUGAUUGUAGUUAUUUUUUGUGACUGUUAUAACUAUUACAAUGCAUUUUGACAUCAUUCCAUGUUUACAACUCGUGUACCUUUUUAGUAACACUCUUGUGAAUUGCCAUGCAUUUAAUGAAAGUGAGUGUGUAUUGCCUUCAUGACACAGCUGCCAGAAAACAACUUCACCAGACCAGCUGAACCAGCCUUAAUGAAGUAUUCCUGCUCUGACUCGUUCACUACCGUGCUCCUGUCUUGAGACGACAGCCAGAGUUAAACUACUGUGAACCAGCGGCGCUGCUUUCCCACAGACAUCUUCACUGAGUGUCUUCAUGAUAACACACCUGUCUCGUGGCUCAGGCUGGAUAUAUCUAUGCCUGUGCAUCAUGCAACUGAACUUGUACAUGCAUCAAGAUUUUGCUAAACCAAUAGUCUUAUUUGAACAACAAUAUGCUUUGAAUGGCAAUUUCAGCCUUGCUUUCUUGUUGAGUGAUGCUUUUAAUGUCACAUUUUGUAAUGUUUCCCAAUCUCAAGGGCCUGUUGUGUUUUUCUUGAUGCUGUGGUCAUUUCUGAAAGUGCUUUUGUAUUGAAAAUUUGACAUGCACAAGCUCUUCAGUCUGCCGCCUUUUCCAUCUCUUUUUAACUUUAAAAAAUAUUUAAAUCUGAAGAGCAUACGGUGUCACCAUAUUUGAAUGAAUUUUCCACCUUCCUUCCUUUCUUUGUGCUGAAAUUCUAGAUCUGGGUCACAAUAUACUGGGUUGUAGAUGUUGUCUUUUUCCAACUAAAUAUAGAUUUAUUCUCAA